GUGCCACCGACUAAUUUCCAGCGACUCCUUCUGUUAUUACAAAUCAUAUUCAUAAUUACAAAGCAAAUAAAGCCGCCGGUGCUCCCCCAAGCCACACCCGCCAUCAGACUUUGCGUCCAAUCGCGUCCGGGACACGGACCAAUGGGACGCUUGCCACGCCUACCGGACGCAGGGACAGCAUCCAUUCUGGAUGUAGCUGCUUCGGGCAGAGUUUAUGUUUACAAAAUGACUAUGCUGAUGAUGGAACGUUUAGUGUCGCCUACUCAUAAGCCGCACGACUCGACGGUGCUGGACGGGACCGACCAAUAUUUGCAACAGAAGAAACUGUGCGAAGAUUCGCGCGACAUGGAUAUGUGCGAGGAGGACGAGGAAGAUCUGAAUGUGGACGUUGAGAAUGAUGAGAGUUCGUUGUGUCCCGUCGAUCUAACGCGUAGAGAGAAAUUCACGUUCUGCUCCAAGAGCGAUUCGCACAGCGACUUCAGCAGCUUCAAGGAGGAUCUGAAGCGGUCGGAAAGUGUUUGUAGUGAUUUGAGCCGGAGUCGCAGCCCUCUACGCGAUCCCAGUCCGUCGGUGGUAGUGUCUCAUCCGCAAAGGCGGCUUGCAUUUUCCGUUGAGAACAUUCUAGAUCCGAACAAAUUUACCGGCCGACAGGCAGUGUUUAGUGAUGGCAUUUGCUGCUGGAAACCCUUGGAAUCGUCGAGAGAUUCGGCUGAUUUUGAUGGGAGCGAAACAGGUAAAGACCAUCAAUCGGACGAUGAUGACGAUAUGCGAAGUGACAUCAGUAGCGACGAUCUUAAGGACCCAAACUCGAAAAAGAAGAAAAGUGAUUCAAAGUCGCAAAACACCGGAAAACCUCGCCGGGCCCGUACCGCCUUUACGUACGAACAAUUGGUGGCACUUGAGAACAAAUUCAAAACCACCCGAUAUCUUAGUGUGUGCGAGAGACUCAACUUGGCGCUCAGUCUGAGCCUGACCGAGACUCAAGUGAAAAUCUGGUUCCAAAAUCGGCGAACCAAAUGGAAGAAACAGAAUCCGGGCAUGGAUGUGAACAGUCCGACGGUACCGCCGCCCAAUGUGGGUUCCGGUGGAGGUUUUCCCGGAUUUCCCGGCCACCAUACGCAUUCCGGACUUUUGUACUCGCACCAUGUUCCCUAUGGUGGAGUUUAUCCGCUUCAGGCGGCCAGCUCAGGAGGAUAUUCUCCGUACUUUCACUUAGCCAAUCAUGGGCACAAUUUGGGAUCGUGAAACUGUGUUAACAUGUAAACGGGUGUAAAUAAUAUGUUUUAUAUUGUGUAAAUAGAUGUAGGGGGUAGUUGUAAGUCGAGAAUUUGCGAGGGAAAGAAUGCUUUAAUCUCUUAGAGAGGUGGAAGGCGUUAAUGAAGUCUGAUUAAUGUACCAAUAGAUAUUAGGCACUUUCCGGCUGUUUAACACGAAAAAUUACCUUGUUUUGUCCCUGUGUAUUUUGUUCCUCAACCUUCUAGCUCUCCUGAUUGUUUAUUAUUCCUUUGUACACUUCUAUAAUCUGUUUUGCAGUGAAGAGCUUUUGUAAUUAUGUAAAUAACCAAUGAAAUAGGCGGCAUCUUCUACGUAUUUGACAAUUUGGGACUGCAUGUUACCAUAUUUUAGAAAACCUUGUAUAGCUGGUAUCGUAUUUAUUGCCCGAGGGGAAAAUUACACUGUAAAUAAUAGACUAAAGUAUUCCAUAA